CCGGGGUUGCACGUGACCACAGGUGGCAGGGUGGGAGGGCUGGCACUUAGUCACCGGCCUGCCCCUGCCCCGGCUCUAGGCUGCGGCAGCUUUAGCGCCCUGCUCCGCCCGUACACUCAGUUCGCCGGCUUUGCUCAGGUCGCCCUCGAUCGCCAGGUUCCUCAUGGGAAGAGGAGCCGCUGCACCCCGGAGGCUGCACAGCGCUCGGUGUCCCGGCCGGCGCCGUACUUAGGACUCGGUUUUGCGGAGCAGCGCAUCACGUAACCGUCUGCCCAAACGGCGCGCGGGCAGGCGACACCAUGGCCUUCUCCCAGGUGCAGUGUCUGGACGACAGCCACGUGAACUGGCGCUCCAGCGAGUCCAAGCCCGAGUUCUUCUACAGCGAGGAGCAGCGGCUGGCGCUGGAGGCCCUCGUGGCCCGCGGCCCGGAAGCUUUCUACGAAGUGCUCCAGCGCGAGAACAUCCGCGACUUCCUCUCGGAAUUGGAACUCAAGCGCAUCCUGGAGACCAUCGAGGUGUACGACCCGGGCUCGGAGGAUCCUCGGGGCACCGGCCUGGCCCAGAGGCCCCAGGACAAUGGGGUUGGUAACUGCGGCGGCGGCGAGGAAGCCAGCGGGGUGGGUGGAACCCCUACCGAGGCCGAGCAGCCCCCCUCGCUGGAGUAUUGGCCCCAGAAGUCGGACCGCUCCAUCCCACAGCUGGACCUGGGCUGGCCGGACACCAUCGCCUACCGCGGCGUCACCCGGGCCAGCGUCUACAUGCAGCCCCCCAUCGAGGGGCAGGCCCACAUCAAAGAGGUGGUGCGCAAGAUGAUCAGCCAAGCCCAGAAGGUGAUAGCUGUGGUCAUGGACAUGUUCACUGAUGUGGACAUCUUCAAGGACCUGCUAGAUGCUGGCUUCAAGAGGAAGGUGGCUGUGUACAUCAUUGUGGAUGAGAGUAACGUCAAGUACUUCCUGCACAUGUGUGAGCGGGCCCACAUGCACCAGGGACACCUCAAGAAUCUCAGGGUGCGCAGCAGUGGAGGAACUGAGUUCUUCACCCGGUCGGCCACCAAGUUCAAGGGUGCCCUGGCCCAGAAGUUUAUGUUUGUGGAUGGAGACCGAGCAGUGUGUGGCUCCUACAGCUUUACGUGGUCGGCUGCAAGGACGGACCGGAAUGUGAUCUCCGUGCUGUCCGGCCAAGUGGUGGAGAUGUUCGACCGGCAGUUCCAGGAGCUAUACCUCAUGUCACAGUGUGUCAGCCUCAAGGACAUCCCCAUGGAGAAGGAGCCAGAGCCAGAGCCUGUUGUGCUACCUGCUGUGGUCCCCCUGGUACCUGCAGGCUCUGUGGCUAAGAAGCUUGUCAAUCCCAAAUAUGCACUGGUCAAGGCCAAGAGUGUUGACGAGAUUGCCAAGACCUCUUCCUCUGAGCAGCAGGAGAUCAAGAGGCCUCCAGGGCUGCAGGGACCUGCACUGGCUGAGCAGCCGGGUGACCUCCCUGAGUUGCCACUGCCUGUCCACCCAGGACUGCUCAACUUGGAGAGGGCCAACAUGUUCGACUACCUGCCCACAUGGGUGGAGCCAGACCCAGAGCCUGGCAGUGAUAUCCUGGGCUACAUCAACAUCAUUGACCCCAACAUUUGGAACCCCCAGCCCAGCCAGAUGAACCGCAUCAAGAUCCGUGACACAUCCCAUGCCAGCACUCAGCACCAGCUGUGGAAGCAGAGCCAGGAGGCCCGCCCCUCCCCAGGGCCCAGCAGCCUCCAGGACAGGCUCCCAGCUGAGAACGGCCUUCCGCAAGGGGACUGUGAGCCGCAGCCUCCAGUGCCUAAGCCCCGGACAGUACCCGUGGCAGAUCUACUAGCCCAGAAUGGCAAGGAUGGUGAUCUACUUGUGCAGGACGGUGCUGACUGGCCCCUGGAGGAAACAACGCCAAAUGGGACAGACUGUGGGGUGUCCAGGACAGUGGAGUCGGACCACCCCCUGCUUCAGCGGCAGCUGUCUGUGACCCAGGAUGACCCCGAUGGCCUAGGGGCAGGGCUCCCCAAUGGGCUGGAUGGGGAGGAGGAGGAGGAAGAUGACGAUGACUACGUGACCCUCAGUGAUCAGGACAGUCUGUCAGGCAGCUCCAGCUGUGGCCCUGGUCCUCGACGGCCCUCAGUAGCCUCUUCCAUAUCAGAUGAAUAUUUUGAGGUGAGGGAGCGCUCAGUCCCUCUCCGGAGGCGCCACUCAGAGCAGAUGACCAAUGGGCCAGCCCAACUACCCCGCCGACAGAUGAGUGCCCCCCACGUAACCCGAGGGACCUUUGGUGGGCCCCAGAGUGGCUCCCCCUGGGCAGAAGGUCGGGUGAAAGAAGAGUCAGAUGCAUCGAGGAGGAUGCAGGCCCAGCGCUCUGGGGACAAGGAGACACAGGGCCAGCAGUUCCACCGCUAUGGGGGUCCUUCGAGGACCCCAGGACCACCUCGCUACCGCCCUGCUGCUGAUGGUACCCACACCUCUCCAAGGAAAGCCAGCCUGGCCGUGGGAGGCCCCUACCCCUGGAAGCCCAAGGCUGGCCCCUUACCCUGUGUACUGCCCAAUCCUGGGAGCCCAAGGCCAGCACGAAAUGCCCACAUUCUGGCUGAUGGCAGGGCUACUGAAGAGCAUCCAAGUCCCUUUGGAAUCCCGUACUCCAAACUGUCCCAGUCAAAGCACCUGAAGGCCAAGUCAGGUGGCAGCCACUGGGCCUCAUCUGAUUCUAAGCGGAGGGCCCAGGCCUCCCAGGACCAAAAGAACCCCUAGGAGCCUGGCUUGGGCUGGACCCACCAGAGUCUGCUCUGGAGGAGAGGUGGGGGGGGGGAGGCAGCCAAUGCUGACACUUACCUGGUCGGUGCACCAGUACCAGGUAGCCAUGAUGGUUAGGCCGAAGGUCAUUCCAGUCCAUGGGAGGUCCCCAGUAUUGGCGUCCCGAAACAUGUGCAUGGCAUCUGCACGUGGCAGGUGGCAGGUGGUGUUGGCAAUGGUCUUGGAGGGAAUGGCCCGGGCAUAUACUGCUUCUAGCUGUCCAUAACCACCAAUCUGGUCAAAAGCUGGAGGGGAACAAGUGAGACAGGGACCACUUGGUGGCUGGUGGCCUCCAGCUCUUGUUGCCUUCAUCUUGCAAGUAACUUUAUAAAACAUCAAACUGGAGUUUUUCCCCCCCUGCCUUUCCUGGUAUUUGGAAAAGUAUGGUGAGUAGGAGGUUUGGAAACCAAGGUGAAUUUAAAGUAACUAUUUUAUUUGUAUUUAAAUAAUACUAUUAAAUGAGCAUUUUGCACAUGGGUACCACGGUAUCCUGUAGGCCGGGUAAGAAUCACUGCUGGUCUCCAGAUGCCUGUUAGCCUCAGGUAAGGUGUUCUCUGGCACUCAAGGAAGCAAAAAUAGUUUUUCUUGGCAUCCUGAGGAUCUCCCUGAGGCAUGUGAAGUGUUAAAGUCCUGCCCCGGGGCUUACAAGGGUGUAAUUUCACUAAAGGUAAGAAUGGCUGGUGGUGACUUGGCUUCUUCCAGGCCUCGAACAGCCUAUUGGGCAGGUGUGUGUAUGUGUGUGGGGGGCCUACAGCUAGGGUCUUUCCUCCUGAGUCCAGAGCACAUUUGUUCUCUCACUACUCCUGUCUACCUCAGGGUCAGGGCUCUGCAUGGCCAGGCUCUGGCCUGACUAUGGCCUUGCUGUGUGUGUGGUCACUCUCCUAUCCAGACUGCGCCUGGAUGUCUGGUCCCUUAUCUGAGAGAGGAAGCCUGGGCAUAGGAAAACCCACCUCUGCCCCAGGCCCUGCUGACCAGCAGGACGUAGAAGAGGGAUCACAGUCCAGGAUCUGUGUUUGGACCAGGCAUCUCUGAAGCUCAGAGCAAAUGGACAAAUGCUACACCAGGGUUGGCGACUGCUCGGCCACACAUUCUCAGACCCUGAGUCUGGAAGUCUUUAAAGGCUUCUGUUUACCCUCUGUGUUUACCCUCCCAGCUCAGCUCGCCUACUUCCAGGGAUGGGGAACUCACUACCUCCUGAAACUACCCUAUAAGCUUUUGUGUUUGUUCAGACUAGUUUUGCCAAUUUGUCUAAACUGUCCUUCCCAGCCUUUGUCUACCAGGAGGCAGCAUCACCUCUUAGGAGUCUGUACAUGAUUUUAAACAAUUGGAGGCAACACCCAAGCAGUUCUGUGGGCUAAUUGUGUGUCUCCACACCUACUUGUCAAGCCCCAAGCCAGGGCGGGCAUGGCCAGCUCUGUGCUCCUGAGUCAGCUCCUCAGCUGGUGACAGCUGAGCAGUGAGGGCAGACAGGAGGCAGGCAGACAGUGGCCAUCUGCCAGGGGGCAGUAGGGGAGGACUGCCUCGUGGCUUGACCUCAUGAGCCCCACAGGUGCUGGAACAGCCCCACCCCACUGUGGCCUGAAGCUCCAGUCCUCACCUUUGAUGGCCAGGAUGACAGCCCCCACCACCAUGAUGACUGUCUGCAGGGCAUCCGUGUAGAUCACAGUGGCCAGGCCCCCUGCAAAGGAACAAGGUAGCUGGAGGGAGUCCCCUGGCUUUGAGGGAGGUGGGACAAACUGAGAAGCACCACUCAUAUCCGAGCCCAGGGCUUCCUGGAGCUUGUGGGAGGAAAUGGCCCUCCACCUCCUACAUAGGUACCCUGGUCUGCUCCAAGCCGCAGGGUGACGGGCAGCCCUCCCCGUGAUGGUGCAUACCUGCGAUUGUGUACAGAGCUGUGAUGAGGAGUGUGAGGAUGGUGGAGAGGUAGAAGUUCCAUCCCAGGCAGAUAUGCACAAAGAGUGCCCCGGCGUACAGGUCAAUCUAGGGAGGGCAUGUUCAAACAGAGAUUGGAGUUUACUGUGAGUCCCAGGGCUCAGAGCCCAGAUGCUGCUACUGACUGGCUGUGGCCCCUGUGGGCCUGGGUGCCCCAUGGAUGAGCAAAGGUGACCUUUGCCUGCCUGCCUACCCAUUUCUGGGGGUGGGAGGAUGAACUCACUGUGGACUGCUAUGCGCUAUGUACAGGGGACAUUACUGUCAUUAAUAAAGUUCAGAAUGGUCAUUUCCCA